AACCGAACUCUCUCUCUCUCCUCCGAUCUCACACCAUCAAGAUGAACAAGCGCCCAUGACUAGAUAAACAUAUACAUACAGAUAGAGAGAAUUCAACUGAAUCGGAGGGAGCCAUGAAGAGCUCAAUUCCAAUCCUAGCAUAUUCUCCGUUAAUCCUCACACUGAGUUUGCUUCUACUUCAAUCAUCAGAAUCUGCACCAAAUCAAGCUUUUCGGAGGGAUCCAGGGCACCCUCAAUGGCACCACGGAGCCUUCCACGAUGUCAGAGAUAGCGUCCGAUCCGACGUCCGUCGUAUGCUCCAUUCUCGCGCUCAGGUUCCAUUUCAAGUCCCGCUUGAAGUAAAUGUGGUCCUUGUUGGUUUCAGUGGUGAUGGAGGCUAUAGGUAUACAAUUGACGCACACAAAUUGGAAGAGUUUCUGGGAGUCAGCUUCCCAUCAUAUAGGCCCUCAUGCCUAGAGACAGGCGAGCCUCUUGACAUCGAACAUCACAUAGUCUACAAUACAUUACCUGCUGGGCAGCCAGAACUGAUAGAACUUGAGAAGGCACUGAAAGCAGCAAUGGUUCCAGCUGGGACUGCUAGAGAGGGUGAUUCCGGAAGAGAGGUUUCUGCUUUUGAGGUCGAUGCAACAGCUGUGGAGCCAGUUUUCCAGAGGCUUUAUUCCUACUUAUUUGACAUGGAGAGUGGAAGGUAUUCAGGAGAAGAGAUAGAUAGACCUGUGCCGAAUGCGAUAUUUAUUGUCAAUUUUGAUAAGGUCAGAAUGGAUCCUAGGAACAAGGAUAUUGAUCUCGAAAGUCUUAUGUAUGGAAAACUUCCCCAGCUAACUGAGUCAGAGAUGAAGAAACAGGAAGAUUACGUUUACCGCUACCGUUACAAUGGAGGGGGUGCCUCUCAGGUUUGGCUGAGCUCUAGCAGAUUUGUUGUGAUCGACCUCUCAGCUGGCCCUUGCACAUAUGGAAAGAUUGAAACUGAAGAAGGCAGCAUUAGUUACAAAACACUCCCCAGGAUACGGCAUGUGAUGUUUCCAAGAGGUUUGGCUGAAGCUGUUGAUCAUUCUGCCCACAAUAUUUUUGUUGGACAAUUGGCUGCUCUGGUUGCGACCACAAUUGAACACGUCAUAGCUCCUGAUGUAAGGUUUGAAACGGUUGAUACGACUACGAGGUUGCUUAUACCUGUCAUUGUCCUCCAAAAUCAUAAUCGGUACAAUAUCAUGGAUAAAGGCCACAACUACAGCAUAGAUGUCGAAGCUAUUGAAGCAGAGAUUAGGAAGAUGGUUCACGCUGGACAGGAAGUGGUAAUGAUAGGGGGUUCACAUGCAUUACAUCGGCAUGAGAAGUUGGCAAUUGCUCUUUCAAAAGCAAUGCGGGGUCAUUCUCUUCAAGAGACGAAGAAUGAUGGACGAUUUCAUGUUCACACAAAAAUACAUUUGGACGGUGCUAUUCUUAAAGAGGAGAUGGAACGGUCGGCUGAUAUGCUUGCUGCAGGUUUACUUGAGAUGUCAGACCCUUCACUUUCUAGUAAAUUUUUCCUUCGCCAGAAUUGGAUUGACCCGUCUGAUAGUUCAACUGAUUCAAUACUAAAGCACAAACCUCUUUGGGCUACUUAUACUUCCAAACAUGACAAGGGCAAGAAAAAGAAGACGGUAAAGAAACAAGGAGAUCUCUACCGAACUUACGGAACAAGGGUGAUCCCUGUCUUUGUUCUCUCGUUGGCUGAUGUGGAUCCACAUCUGAUGAUGGAAGAUGAAAGUCUUGUGUGGACGAGUAAUGAUGUUGUUAUUGUUCUGCAGCAUCAAAGUGAAAAAAUACCCCUAAGUUACGUCUCAGAAAAAGAGAGAAGGCAUGCUGACCCCUCACAAGUGCAGCGUCAUAUAUUAGCUGGGCUAGCUUCUGUUGUGGGUGGAUUAAGUGCCCCAUAUGAGAAGGCUUCUCAUGUACAUGAAAGGCCGGUUGUCAAUUGGCUAUGGGCAACUGGUUGUCAUCCAUUUGGACCAUUCUCGAAUACUUCCCAAGUUAGUCAAUUGCUUCAGGAUGCUGCAUUGAGAAACACAAUAUAUGCAAGGGUAGAUUCUGCCCUACGUCGAAUUCGAGAAACAUCAGAGGCAGUUCAAAGUUUUGCUACAGAACAUCUGAAAACCCCUGUUGGUGAACCAGUGAAAGGGAAAAAGAAUAUGUCACGCACUGAACUGUGGUUGGAGAAGUUCUACAAAAAGACAACUAAUCUACCAGAACCUUUCCCACAUGAAUUAGUUGAAAGAUUAGAGAAAUACUUGGAUAGCCUUGAAGAACAGCUUGUAGAUCUAUCUUCCUUGCUAUAUGAUCAUCGUUUAGAAGAUGCACACUUGAACAGCACAGGGAUCUUUCAGAGCUCCGUCUUUACCCAGCAGUACGUAGACCACAUUUUGACCAGUGAGAGGGAGAAAAUGAAAUGCUGCAAUAUUGAAUACAGAUAUCCUGUGCAGUCUUCCCAGAACUUCAUUUACGCAGGAAUUCUUCUUGCGGGGUUCUUUGUAUAUUUUCUUGUCAUUUUCUUUUCAACUCCUGAGCGGUGAUGUACCAAAAUCCCUACUCUUAUUACUUCCAUUUUGUCGUUCUGAGUUACUCUUUCAUGCGGAAAUGCAUGUCUCGGCAUAAUUUUCUCCUAA